CUAGCAGCGCAGUCCUUCACGCUGCUGACCAAGCAAUUGACAAAAAAAUUAUUGAAUGAAAAAUAAAAUAAAAAGGAUAGCAGUUUAAACCAGUUUAUAUUUUACUUGACUGCUUUUACAUUGUACCCCGUUGAAUUAUUCAGGAGAAGAUUCGACAAGUAUGAGCGUAAAGGGCAUAUAAAUUGAAAAACGUGCUGACGACGCAAAAAGACCCAUGAGCUUGUUGCAGCAACAGCGGUUUCCAGGGGGUGGAUUUUAGUGGAGAGACAGAGUGGAUGGAGGAAAGAAGUGGAGGACAUCACAGCACAUCCACCACAUCAUCAUCGUCAUCAUUAUUAUCACCUUCAUCCUUCGUUGCAGGAAGCUGGAUGGAGGAUAGUAGGAGCUCCUCUGAAGAUGAGACUUCACAAUCCUGUUCCAUGUGGAGCUGGUCUCCAUCACCACUUUCUGAGCUCUCCUUGGACCUGGGGAACCUUCACUGCUCUGACAGCGGCACCCCCAGGAGAAGCCCCAGCCCGUUGGUGAACAGAAGGGUUUCCAUAGAGACGAGGACGCCAGCAGCCAAGAGGAAGGGAGAAAGAUUUGCCUCCCCAAAAUGCUGUCUUUCCAAAAUGAAACGACUGCGUGUGAGGCUGGCAAAUCGUUUUCCCAGUUCUGUACCAAUCAAGGAGCCAGAUCCUUCAGGGGAAAGACGGAGCUGGACACCCCAGGCGAGGAGCGAUGACUGUCCAGGUUACAAGGACCAAACACAGCCAGGGCCCUUGCUGCCCCUUUGGCAGGUUCGGUCCAGACAAAGGCUUUCCCCAUCCCAACUCUCAGAUACUGUUGUUGAAGACAGAAGUCUGAUUGGAGACUUCAGCAAGCCCCAUCUGUUCCCUGUGGCGAGAGGAGACCACUGUGACCUACAGGGCGUAUCAGUGCAGACAGUGGCAUCUCUCCUCCAAGGAAAAUACUGCAACGCUGUGGAGAGCUUCCUCAUUAUAGACUGCAGAUACCCUUAUGAGUAUCAAGGGGGACACAUAAUGGGGGCUGUAAAUCUUCAUUCUGAAGCUCAGCUGCAGGAGGCGCUCUUCUGGAACCCUCGUUCGGUCCUGAAGCAGCUGCCCAGGGAGGCGGCCCCUCUUUGUUCUGCAGCGACGGCCCCUCUCCCAGAUACGCAUAGGUCACCUGGCCAAGGCAGCUCCACAAAACUCACCACACCGGACAGCCCUCCACGAGUCCAAUCAUCUCCGCAGAGCUCCUCACCCCACAAACUCAUCGUCUUUCACUGCGAGUUCUCCUCCCAGCGAGGCCCUCAGCUCUGUCGAUAUUUGCGGAAGCUGGACAGAAGUCUCAAUGUCUACCCUCAGCUGUUUUACCCCGAGCUCUACAUCCUAGAGGGGGGUUACAGGGAAUUCUAUUCGCACUUUCCGGACCUGUGUGACCCUCACGGAUAUGUGCCGAUGAUCCACAGAGAUUUCAUGGAGCAGCUCCGCACAUUCCGAAAGAAACGGAGACCGAAAGUGAGGAGGUUCAGACCGGAAACUGUUUCUGAAUUGCACUCCUAGCAGCACUGGAAUGGGAUUCACUUCCACCCCAGGAGUUAAGCGUAUUUGUUACAUACUGGCCCUUAGAAGUAAUGGGAGCUGAAUAAUGAAACAGUAUAAAUAACGUAGCUGUCAUGCUACCACACACCAAUCAGAUAGGAUAUUUCUCAUGAAAGAUUAAACAAUAAUGCAUAAAAAGAAAAAUUUACACAUACUGUUACAUACCAUUCUCAUCAGGACAAGCAGAAGGACACUGACUGAAAUUAAGAAUUAAAUGAAAAAUAAAAUCUAAAGCAUAUUUAAUUACUUAAUUACUGUAAAUAACAAUCUGAAGUUACAGCAGAGACUCACUAUCAUUUUCUGAAGAAAUUGUUGACAAAGAGUGGUUCACGUUAAGAUAUGUCUCCACCGCAGGCCACUGAUCUCUGCCAACUUGUCACCUCAUCAGUGUCUAAGGACAUAUGAAUGUCUCUCUUUUUCUCUUUGCUGACAGGAGCCUGAAUGCUGAGUGACAGCUCUUUAUGUCUGUGUUUUUUUUUUUUUUUUUUUUUACAAACUUGAAUGUAGAAAAUUAUUUAAAGUACUCCUACACAAAUCCAGAUGUAGCUGGAACACAAGAAAAAAGCUUGGCUUCUCUGAGAAUAUCUGACUCCAGUUGUGUUUUUACAUUAUGAAAAGAGGUCUUUCCAUGUAUUGAUCAAUAUUUUAUUUCCAUUUUUGGGGGGCACGGGAGCGC